UUUUUCUUUCUUUUCUCUCACUGAGGUGCGAUAUGAAAUGUAAUUGGUGAGGAGGUUACCUUUGGCAGGCCCAUGUCAAAGUGUGCCCCUGAGUAAUUCCACCACACAGACCUGGUGCAAAAGAGGUUUUUAUUCAGGGAAGAGAGAGGAGUGAUAGAUAGAUAGAUAGAUAGAUAGAUAGAUAGAUAGAUAGACAGAUGAUAGAUAGAUAGAUAGAUAGAUACAUACAUACAUACAUACAUACAUACAGUAGCACCUAAGGAAUGAUCACACAAUUUGUUGUUUGUCUUGCUUCUGUCUCCCACAUGCUGAGACUAAAGACAAGCACAGUACCACCCAGCCACAGUUGUUUUAAAUGUGAGGAGGGGACCUGGGGAAGGGGUAGAGAGGCAGGCAAGAGGGUAUGUAGACAGAUGGGAGCAGACUCGUGAGGGCAGAAAAAAGGGUGGGGGUGGGGGAGUCUACAUGGUAGAGAAGUACCAGGAACACACAGGAGAAAAAAAAAGGAAGCAAAAUUAUUAUGAAGUCUGAAUUGGAAAGUCAUGUACUGGCAUACGAAUAGACAAAUCCAGAACAUAAGAGUUAUGUCUGGGGCUGGGGUAGGGUGGAGAGUGGGAAUCAAGAGAUCUACCGCUUGAAGUUUAAGUCACAUUCAAGAUGAAGGUGAUUGGGAUUCACAUUUAAAACAACUGUGGCUGGGUGGUGCUGGUGCUGUGCUGGCAUCUAGCUACCUACCUACCUGUCUGUCUAUCUAUCUAUCUAUCGAAUCUAUCUAGUGUUAUAUGUGUGUUGCUCUUACCUGUGCAUGAACUUGGAGAGGCCAGAGAUUGGCCUCGGGUAUCCUCUUUAACUGUUUCACAAGCUUCCAAGAUCUGUCUUUCUUAGCUCCCUAGGGCUGCUAUUAUAGAAAUGUACUUGUGCCCAUGAACUCUGGGAUUUGAACUUUGCUCCUCACGAGAGCGCAGCAAGCAGUUUACUCACUGAGCCCUUCACUGGGCCCUCACAGUUUCUGAGGCAAGGUUUCUUACUGGGGCCUAGGCGCUUGCCCAUUUGGCUAGGCUCACUGGCAAGGCAGCUUCCAGGAAUCCGACUCUGCCUCCCGGAUGCCAGUUUCUAAUUUGUCCUCAAGCACUAUACCCACUGACCACCUCGGCAACGAAGCUUCACAUUUUACCCCAUUUAAAAAUCUCCAUCGGGAGAGGAGCAACUGGCUCAACAGGCACAGCCUGUAUACACAGCUUUGUACUUUUUGGAUUUAACCUUAUGAGUUAAAUAACCAGUUAAUUUACAAAGAACAUUUAAAGCCAGUUGGCAAAGAAUGACCUGAAAGGUGAAGGAACAAAAAGGUGACGUUAUUGGAAGAAACUGGCUGAGGACAAAAUGCUUUUGCAGGAAAAAGGGUUGAGGGUGGGAGGACCUACUGGGACUUAUUGUCCACCUAGGAGUUGAGACAACGUAUUUAUGGGGGGUGGGGCGGGGGAGUCUGUCUAAACCUGUUUUACUCACUGCCUAAGGUUACUGUUUAUUUUAAAUAAUACUGGAUGGAUCUACGAUACCGUUUUUGGAUAAUGUUUUCUCACAAGUCCCGCCCUUCUUCUUCUCCAAACCCCUCUCGGGUUUGGCAGCUUUUCCUUUAACUUGAUUUGCACAAACUGCCAAGCAAGCCAAGAGGAUUUAACCUAGUAAUUACAUCGAAAUAGAUUUAGGGCUACAAAGACGUGGCAUGAAACUCAAGAGGUUUACUGUCGCCAUAAAAGGAUCUUAAGGUCAGCUGUACAGUUCGCCGAGGCUACUUUACAACCGCCGUCAGAGGUAGGGAAUACAAACUUUUACAAACGCAGUUCGUCAAUUUGUUUAACCUCUCUACGCCAGAGCACAGUACAUGAACACCUUUUGAAGCCCGAGAGUUAAGUUCCUCAGGCGGAGAGCCAAGCCCUUCCUGUAGGUAGUGGGGACCCGGGGCCACAUUGGCUCAGCGCCUCGGAGGACUGAUCCCCGGGGAUGCUAAGGGCUCAGUGGGGUCCGCCCUCGCCUGGUCAAGGCUUCUGGGAUCCAGGAGAGAUCUUGCUGGUCGCUGGCGCCAGGCUGAACCAUGAGCAUGAACUGUGAGGCGGAUGAAAGCCGGAGGCCACCGAUCCCAACCACACUUUUCUAGACCCAGGGUUUGGCUUGCUCAAGAGCUCAAGUGUCCGCUGGGGCCGGAGGCGGCUAGCCACUCCCCUCGCUCGCGCCGCUUCCGGUACCCCGGCCCCGCCCCGCGCUGGCGCUGCCACAUCCUCCGGUGACGUCAACGCGCGCCGCCAUAUUGGGAAGUGCCACCGCCGCCGCCUCCGCUCGGGCUCCUGGGCUGUGUGGGGCCACAGCCGCGGGCUGAAGGCUCCCUUGUGUAUCCCAUCGACGCCUGGCGCGCCCGCUUCGCUCAGACCCGGCUCCUCAUGACUGCCUUCGGACCCGCAGCCCACGGACAUCGCCCCAGCUCCGAGAAUUAACACGGAAGCUCCUGGGGCCGGGACCGUGAGGGAGAGCCGGCCGGUCCCGCGUCCCUGUCGGUCUGGCGCGGCUCUUCGGCUGGAGCCAUGACCUCGCUGACCCAGCGGAGCUCGGGCCUGGUGCAGCGGCGCACCGAGGCCUCGCGGAACGCUGCCGACAAGGAGCGGGCGGCGGGCGGCGGCGGCGGCAGCGGCGAGGAUGAGGCGCAAAGCCGCCGCGACGAGCAGGACGACGACGACAAGGGCGACUCCAAGGAAACGCGGCUGACCCUGAUGGAGGAGGUGCUCCUGCUGGGCCUCAAGGACCGAGAGGUGAUCUGUAAAUCGGAUGCUCCAACAGGAGAUGUUCUUCUUGAUGAAGCUCUAAAGCAUGUUAAGGAGACUCAGCCUCCAGAGACAGUCCAGAACUGGAUCGAGUUACUUAGUGGUGAGACGUGGAAUCCAUUAAAAUUGCAUUAUCAGUUAAGAAAUGUACGGGAACGAUUAGCUAAAAACCUGGUAGAAAAGGGUGUACUGACGACAGAGAAACAGAACUUCCUCCUGUUUGACAUGACGACACAUCCUCUCACCAACAACAACAUUAAGCAGCGCCUCAUCAAGAAGGUACAGGAAGCUGUUCUUGACAAAUGGGUAAAUGACCCUCACCGAAUGGACAAGCGCUUGCUGGCCCUCAUUUACCUAGCCCAUGCCUCAGAUGUUUUGGAAAAUGCUUUUGCUCCUCUUCUGGACGAGCAGUAUGAUUUAGCCACCAAGAGAGUACGGCAGCUUCUCGACUUAGACCCAGAAGUGGAGUGUCUGAAGGCCAACACCAACGAAGUUCUCUGGGCCGUGGUAGCUGCGUUUACCAAGUAACUGUCAGAAUGCAAUGUUUCCUUUCUCUCAUGUGAACCAGUAGCUUUUCUUCUAUUGACUCUGGUUUUCUGCAGUUUGUACUUUCCCACACUAAUAAUUGGCUUUUGUUCUACAAAACGGUGGGUGGCUAUUUCUUUUUGUAUGUACGCAGGAUUCUGCUGGUACGAGAGGCCUUCCUCUUUCUGUUUGUAAUCAACCUUAUUGCCAUAUUGGCACUUCAUUCCCUGCUCAUUCUCACUGUUUCCUGUUCUGGGUCUCUGGUGUACUUUGACUUUCAGAGUACCUCUAGUCACCCGCCUCAUGCACAGCGCUUGGAUUACCUCAGCUUGCGUUUUCCCACAUGUGCUUACUCACAUGGCCUUCUGCCUACAGUUCACACAAGUCACAACCAGGCCUUCAACUCACCAAAGGUAAAUAUCUGUAUCUAUUAGGACAUUUUAUACAUAGACCUCAGUUGAGAUGUAUACUUAGCAAAAUUAUUUUUAAAUUGAAACAGCACAGUAAAUACAUAAUAUAAAAUGCCCCUUGAACUUUUGCUUCCUAUGUAAAUCUGUUAUAUGAUUACAGUUGUUAUAAUUUUAGCUAUUAAAUCAUAAAGGUCCAAUUGUUUCACAAAGCCAGUUUGGAAUGGGCUGCAUUCCACUUAUGCUGUAUAUAGUUUGAAUUAUAUAUGAAUCGCCCCUUCUUCUGGCCACCUCUGCCUCGUUUUAGUAUUUGAAAAAUUUAAUUUUGCAUCUGGUGCCCCUCACUUGCUUCAUUCUUUGUUAUUUGAUGGCAAAAUAGACCUCUCAUCAUUGAAGGAGAGAGGAGAUGUGUGACUCCUUCAGGGCUCUUUGUGAGCUAUGUUCCUCAUGAUAGUCUGCCUGUGCAUCUCUUUUGGGACUUUUUUUUUCUUUAACUUUUCCUGUUUUAUGAUUUCUAUAGGAAAGAGGCUUGUGACCAGUACUAAUCUUGAGUACAGUUUUUUUUUUUGUUGUUGUUGUUUUGUUUUUCCACUUUUCUGUCCUUAAGUAAAUUAAUGUCUGCUCUGAAAUACCGUUUACCUACUCAUCUUUUCUUGGAGAAAAGAAAAUCAAAUAUCAGUCCUAGCAGAUGUUGCAUGUAAUUUGGUAGCAAGUAACGACUACGACUUGAUGAUUAAGAAUUUCGUAACAGAAAGCUCUGCUGUGUUUUAAUUUUUAUAUGCAAUUAUGAUAAUUAGCACACCUUAAGACUAUCAACCUUUGUGUUUUAAUGUUGAUUUUAUUCAUUAUCACUGUUUAUUUACUAUCAGUUUCAUAAUGUAAAUAUUAUACAUUGAACAAAUUAAAUGUCAAAUUUUUAUUACUAUAGUUCAUGUUAAUAGUGGGGCUUUCAGGUGUCUAGAAACUUUUGGUGAACAUUUGAUGCAAAAAGACUAGAUGCGUAUAACUUUAGAGUUGAAUUUUAAGGGAGUCCUAAUAUGUAUACUAUCUUUUUAUCUGGAGUAAUAAAUAAACUAUGAUCUUGAAAGUGCCUGAAUCAGA